UCACCUUCCAGAUUAUUCUAUUUUCUCAUCCCAAAUCCCAAAUUCCCACCCUUUUAAAUUCCUCAUCUUCUCUAUUUCUCUCAUCAACUUCUCCAAUUCGCCGCAAAAAAAAAAAAAGCUCUUUCGUUUUCGUAGAAUUCAAUUUGGAUUUCGCGCUCUGUUUAAUCAACGUUCAUCAAUCAUAAUGGUGAUGUCGAUGUUCAGCUCGUUCGACGCCGUCUGCGCCGAAAUCUCCAAUUUCUCUAUGCCAAAAGCCUACGGGAUUUCCUCGGACUCCGUACACAAGGACAGAAAAGAGAACGGCGACAGCCACAAUACCGGCAAGACUUCACCACCGCCGCCGUCAGCGCCGCCGUCGAAAGUCGCGACGGCUCAACGGAAACCGCAGAGAACGCCGAGGUUUGCGCCGGAGUUCGACGGAGUCCAUUGUUUCGAGACCAUUGUGCCGUACUGAUGGAUUGUACAUAAUAUCAAUUAUAUAUGAUACAUAUAUUAAUUUAUUUAUUGUUUUGGAUUUUUGGUAAUUAAUAGGAUUAUUUGAUUCCGUGUUGUCUUUUGUGGUAUUAAGGUUGUGGGCAUUGUAUUUAAGAGUAUUUUUUUACUAAAA